AUGCAGGACCCCACCGCGGCUGUUGCACCUGCCCCGGCCGAGGUCCUGACUUUUCGGGAGAUCUGGAAUCGUAGUUUCUGCCGGCCUCUGGAGCAGCUGGUGGACGUCAUUACCGAGUUCCCCAACGAGGUGGAGUACAUUUUCAGACCCUCCUGCGUCUCUCUGCAGCGCUGCGGAGGCUGCUGUGGGGAUGAGGGUCUCCGCUGCGUCCCUGUGGAGACAAGCACGGUCACCAUGCAGCUCCUGAAGAUAAAGCCAAACGGGGAGGCACCCUACGUGGAGAUGACGUUCACCGAGCACAAGCAGUGCGAGUGCAGGCCCCGGCAGGACCUGAUGAGGUUGGGAAGGAGGAAGUCCAAGGGCCGAGGUAAGAGAAGACAAGACAAGAAGAGACGUAAAGACUGUGAACUAUGUGGCACGCCGCGCAGGUAG